CCGCCAUUAGAAGAGAACAGAAGUCCGGAUUGACUCGGGGUUCCAGCUGUGUGUGAAUGAAGAAGAGUAAAUGAUGGAUCCUCAGAACUCCAGCAGUGGAGGAGGAGCCUCUGUCCUAAAGAAGAAGAGAGGAGCAUCUCCAGCCCCCAGUGGAGUGUCUAUGAAGAGUGAUCGGUCCAUGGAUCCUCCUCCAAUGUUCAGCAGUGGAGGAGGAAGCUCUGGGUCUCGAACUGAAACCCAGAGAGGAGCAUCUCCAGCCCCCAGUGGAGUGUCUAUGAAGAGUGACCGGUCCAUGGGUCUUCCUCCAAAGUUCAGCAGUGGAGGAGGAAGCUCUGGGUCUCGAACUGAAACCCAGAGAGGAGCUUCUCCAGAACCCAGUGGAGUGUCUAUGAAGAGUGACGCGUCCAUGGGUCAUCCUCAUAACUUCAGUGAUGAAGCCGUGACCUCUGACCCACAAAAGAAGAAGAAAAUAAUAAACAGGGAAAAACUGGAACAAAUAUUCGAGAAGCUGCAGCAGAAGUUUAUCUCUCUAGUGAAAAACGAGCUGAACACAUUCAAGAGACUCCUGAGUUCAGAUUACCCAGCAUGCUCUGAGGGAGAGGUGGAGGAUGAUCAAAGGGAGGGGGUGCUGAAGAUCACACUGCAUAUCCUGAGGAACAUGAAGCAGACAGACCUCGCCAACACACUAGAGAGCCAAUUGGCCCCAGCAUGUCAACAAAAGCUCAAAUCCAAACUGAGGGAAAAAUAUCAGAGAAUUAAUGAAGGAAUCUCAGCUCAGGUAAAGUCAGCACUUCUGAAUGAGAUCUACACAGAGCUCUUCAUCACAGAGGGAGGAGGUGGAGACAUCAAUCAGGAACAUGAGGUGAAGCAGAUUGAAGCUGCAUCCAGGAAAAGGCCAACAGAGGAAAGACCAAUCAAAUGUAACGACAUUUUUAAACCCUUACCAGAACAGAACCAGCCCAUCAAAACUGUACUGACUAAAGGAGUUGCUGGAAUUGGAAAAACAGUCUCAGUGCAGAAGUUCAUUCUGGACUGGACUGUAGGAGAAGUAAAUCAGGAUGUUCUCUUCAUAUUUCCACUUCCUUUUAGAGAACUGAAUCUGAUGAAGGAGACGAAGCUCAGUCUGGUGAAUCUUCUUCAGCGCUUCUUCCCAGAAACACAAGAUUUAAAACCAAGACAUUAUAAGAGCUAUAAGAUCAUGUUCAUCUUUGAUGGUCUGGAUGAGUGUCGACUUCCUCUGGAUUUCCAGAACAAUGAGAACUUGGUGGAAAUAGAAGAGCAAACCUCAGUGGAUGUUCUGCUGACGAACCUCAUCAAGGGGAAUCUGCUUCCCUCUGCUCUCCUCUGGAUCACCUCUCGACCAGCAGCGGUCAGUCAGAUCCCUCCUGAGUGUGUUCACCAGGUAACAGAAGUGCGGGGUUUCAGUGACCCUCAGAAAGAGGAGUACUUCAAGAAGAGGAUCAGGGAUGAGGACCUGGCCAACAAAGUCUUCUCACACAUCAGGUCUUCAAGAAGCCUCUACAUCAUGUGCCACAUACCGGUCUUCUGCUGGAUUACAGCCACUGUUCUAGAGAGAAUGCUGAGUGAAGCUGAGGGUGGAGAAACCCCCAAAACCCUGACGCAGAUGUUCACACGCUUCCUGAUCUUUCAGAUCAAACACAAGAGCCAGAAGUACAGUGGGAAAAGUGAAACUGAUCCUCAGCAGACUAGAGAAAGUAUCCUGGCUCUGGGGAAACUGGCGUUCCAGCAGCUGGAGAAAGGAAACCUGAUUUUCUAUGAGGAAGAUCUAAGAGAGAGUGGCAUCGAUACUAGAGAAGUAUCAGUGUACUCAGGAGUGUGUACCCAGAUCUUCAGACAGGAACAUGAACUGCUGGACCUGGGGAAGGUCUUCAGCUUUGUACAUCUGAGUAUUCAGGAGUUCCUCGCUGCUUUAUAUGCAUUUCUCUAUUUCAACACUAAGGAUCGGAAUAUGCAAACCACAGAACAGCAAACCACUGGACUAUCUGAGCUUUUCAGCAGGAAAUCGAUGAAUGACUUCCUCAGCAGUGCCGUGGAUAAAGCCUUACAGAGUGAGAGUGGACAUCUGGACCUGUUCCUUCGCUUCCUUCUGGGUCUCUCACUGGAGUCUAAUCAGACUCUGUUACGAUUCAUACUGACACAGAAAGAGAAGAGCUCUCACAGCAAUGAGGAAACAGUCAAAUACAUCAAGAAGAAGAUUGAGGAGAACUCAUCUCCAGAGAAAUCCAUCAAUCUGUUCCACUGUCUGAAUGAACUGGAUGAUCAUUCUCUAGUGCAGGAAGUGCAGAAAUACCUGAGUGGAGGUGAUCGUCUUCAUCAGGCCAGACUCUCUCCUGCUCAGUGGUCAGCUCUGGCGUUUGUGUUGGUGAAUUCAGAAGAAGAGCUGAAGGAGUUUAACCUCAGUAAAUAUGAUCCAUCAGAGAAGUGUUUUCUGAGGCUGCUGCCAGUAGUUAAAAUAUCCAAAAGAGCUUUACUAGCUUCAUGUAAUCUUGGAGUAAAGACGUGUGAAAGUCUGGAAUCAGUUUUAAAGCUGGAAAACUCCUCACUGAUAGAACUGGACCUCAGUAACAACAACCUGCAGGAUUCAGGAGUGGAGCUGCUCUCUGCUGGACUGAAGAGUUCACACUGUAAACUGCAGACUCUCAGAUUAGCUUUGUGUAAUCUUCAAUUGAAGAUGUGUGAAACUUUGGCAUCAGUUUUAAAGUUGGAAAACUCCUCCCUGAAAGAGCUGGAUCUCAGUAACAAUGAUCUGCAGGAUUCAGGAGUGGAGCUACUGGAGGAUCCACACUGCUCACUGGAGACACUCAGAAUGGAACAUGGAGGCGAAAUAAGAAUCAAACCUGGAUUAAAGAAAUACGGCUGUGAUUUCACACUGGAUCUAAACACAGUAAACUAUCGUCUCUCUCUGAGUGAGGAGAACAGGAGGGUGGAGUGUGGAGAGGAGCUGCAGUCGUAUCCUGAUCAUCCAGAGAGGUUUGAUGUGUGGUAUCAGCAGGUUCUGAGUAGAGAGGGAGUUACUGGACGCUGUUACUGGGAGGCUGAGUGGAGAGGAAAAGCUGAAGUAGCUCUGAGUUAUAAAACCAUCAGCAGGAAAGGAGACAGAUCAGACUGUUGGUUUGGAGGGAAUAUAAACUCCUGGAGUCUGAGCUGCUCUGAUAACAGUUACUCUGUUCUUCACAAGAACAGAACUGAACUCCCCCCUCCUCCCUCCGGCUGUAGGAGAGUAGGAGUGUAUGUGGACUGUCCCGCCGGCACUCUGUCCUUCUACAGAGUCUCCUCUGAUACACCCUCACACACUCUCACACACUUACACACAUUCUACACCACCUUCACUCAGCCCCUCUAUGCAGGGAUUGGGGUUGGUUUUGGCUCCUCAGUGACUCUGUGUAAAAUAGAAUAACCCUGUGUGUGUGUGUGUGUGUGUGUUUAUCUGUGUGUGUUUCUGUGUAUUGUAUGUGUGUGUAUAGUGUGUGUGUGUGUGUGUGUGUGUAUAGUGUGUGUGUGUGUGUGUGUAUAGUGAGUGUGUGUGUGUGUGUGUAUAGUGAGUGUGUGUGUGUGUGUGUGUGUGUAUAGUGAGUGAGUGAGUGUGUGUGUGUGUGUGUGUAUAGUGAGUGUGUGUGUGUGUGUGUGUAUAGUGAGUGAGUGUGUGUGUAUAGUGAGUGUGUGUGUGUGUGUGUGUGUAUAGUGUGUGUGUGUGUGUGUAUAGUGAGUGUGUGUGUGUGUGUGUGUGUGUAUAGUGAGUGAGUGUGUGUGUAUAGUGAGUGUGUGUGUGUGUGUGUAGUGAGUGUGUGUGUGUGUGUGUGUGUGUGUAUAGUGAGUGUGUGUGUGUGUGUGUGUGUAUAGUGUGUGUGUGUGUGUGUGUAUAGUGAGUGUGUGUGUGUGAUGGCACCAUUGCUGUGGGUUAAAUUUUAAACGUCACUUUUUGUUUUUUUGUUUUUCUCUUUUGCUCUUCUUAAUUUUUUAACCCCUUUGUUUCAUCUAUUCUUUAUCUGUAUAUGAUAAACUGUAUUUUACAUUCUUUCAAUAAUAAAUAUAUAUAAUCACAAAAAAGUCCUUAUUCCUUUAUCAUUCAGCACACUGUUAGUGAUUAU